UCUUCCUUGUGCCUUCUUACAGCCAGAGUUUUGAUUCUGUGUAUAGCUUCAUUAUGGCUCUUUGGUCAAACCCAGGUGGUAGCCAGCAGCAGCUUCUCAGGAGCGACCGAGGUAUGCUAACAUCCGAUGAUAAUGUGAUGAUGAAGCAAAUUGUGGCAACUCAUGUUCCUGAUGGCAGAGACGUUAAUGUCAAACCUCUUCUCCAACUCGUCGAGGACAUCCUCAAUCGUGCCACUCUAGAUGUUGACACCACCAUUAUGGGAACUAAAUCACAAGUCGAAAGCAUGGAGGACAAGACCCAUCAAGCCAAUUUCAAUGCCAUGAUUGACGCGCUGGCGUAUACUAUCGACAGAAUUUCCAGUGAGAUUGCCUAUAAGGCUUUAGGUGGUUCUGAUGCUCAUGCAACUACUUACUCACUAUUCAACAUGCUCUCAAGCUUUUCAUGGGAUGCUAAGUUGGUGCUCACCCUAGCAGCUUUUGCUCUCAACUAUGGAGAAUUCUGGCUUCUUGCUCAAAUUUACUCAUCCAAUCAACUUGCCAAAUCAAUGGCAAUUUUAAAGCAUUUGUCUAGCAUCUUAGAACAUGCUGGUUCAUUGAAGCCACGCUUUGAAGCCCUCAAUAAUCUAAUAAAGAUUAUGGUGGAUGUUACAAGGUGUGUGAUCGAGUUCAAGGAGCUCCCACACAUGUACAUUACGCCGGAUGUACCAGCAUUGUCCACUGCAAUGGCUCUUAUCCCAACUGCUGUCUAUUGGACAAUAAGGAGUGUUGUUGCUUGUGCAAGCCAGAUCAGCAGCCUCACUGCCAUGGGCCAUGAGUUUACCGUAUCAACUCAAGAGGCAUGGGAACUGUCCACCUUGGCUCACAAACUGAACAACAUACAUGAGCAUCUUAAGAAGCAACUUUCCAUUUGCUAUCAACACAUAGACGAAAAGAGGAAUGUGGAAUCCUUUCAAAUGCUUGUGAAUCUGUUUGAUAUGAUCCACAUUGACAACAUGAAAGUGCUCAAAGCCCUCAUAUAUGCCAAGGAUGAUAAACUACCACUUAUUGAUGGCUCAACUAAAAGAAGGGUUGGCCUGGACGUUCUAAGGAGAAAGAAUGUUCUAUUGCUGAUAUCAGGACUAGACAUAUCCCAGGAUGAGCUUUCGAUUCUAGAACAGAUUUACAAUGAGUCUAGGCACCACGCGGCUAGGUUGGAUAGUCAGUAUGAGGUUGUGUGGAUCCCAGUUGUUGAACGAGACAUCUCCUGGGACGAUUCAUCGGAAAGGAAAUUCGGGACCCUGCAUUCAACAAUGCAAUGGUACAUAGUGCAGCACCCUUUAUUAAUCGAGCCGUCGGUGAUCAGGUUUAUCAAGGAGAUUUGGCACUUCAGGAACAAGCCUAUCCUCGUUGUGCUUGACCCCCAAGGGAGAGUGGCCAGCCCCAAUGCACUCCACAUGAUGUGGAUUUGGGGCAGCAAUGCCUUCCCCUUCACCAGCCCAAGAGAAGAAGCUCUCUGGAAGGAAGAGACAUGGAGGCUUGAGCUUCUUGUGGAUGGCAUUGACCCAAUAAUACUUAACUGGAUUAAGGAGGGAAAAUACAUAAUCUUGUAUGGAGGAGAUGACAUUGAAUGGGUGAGGAAGUUUACGAAUAAUGCUCGAACUGUUGCGCUGGCAGAGCGCAUACCUUUGGAGAUGGUCUAUGUUGGGAAGAGCAGCAAAAGGGAGCAAGUCAAGCGAGUCAUAUCAACGAUCACAGCGGAGAAGCUGAGCUACUGCUGGCAAGACAUGACCAUGAUAUGGUUCUUCUGGACAAGGCUAGAGAGCAUGCUGUUCUCCAAGAUUCAAUUAGGCAAGGCUGAUGACAAUGACCCAAUGAUGCGAGAAAUCAAGAAGCUUCUUAGCUAUGACAAAGAGGGUGGAUGGGCUGUGCUUGCUAAGGGGCCUAAUGUGUUGGUCAAUGGCCAUAGCACAACAUUUUUGCCUACACUUGUGGAGUAUGAGUCAUGGAAGGUGAACGUGGCUCUCCGAGGCUUCGAUUCCGCUUUUAAGGAUCACCUUUCUAAGAUCCAUGCUGUCGCUAACCCUUGCUGCAAGUUUGAGUUCCCGAGCUCCGCCGGAAAGAACCCGGAGAACAUGAGGUGCCCCGAGUGUCACAGCGUGAUGGAGAAGUACCUCACUUUCGUCUGUUGCCAUGGUGGAGGUGUUCCAAGAUAAGCUACCCUUUUAAGAUACUAUUUCAUUUCUAUAUCUACCUGUUCUUCUUACUCUUUUUCAUGGUUCAUGCGAUCUAUGUAAUAAAUCGAGUGUACCAUUUGAUGCCAGAGGACUCUUAUGAAGUUAACUGGCAUUUGAUUUCAUAAAUAAAAUUUUUUCUCUAUUUCAA